AUGUCUAACUUGUCUCAGUAUCAAACUGUGUUCCGGAUCAUUAAACCAAAUACCCCUAGACGGGCCGGUCAAGCAGCCAAACGCAAGCAUCAGACCAACGGCUUCUCUGCCAACCCUUCUGGCGUCUCUGCUCCUGAUCGCAAUGUCAGCCUUGACAAUGGAGACAAUAUAUCCAGGGCCCAGUCUCGGCUGCAGAAACUCGAGGUAAUGGUGACGACGUUGAUGCAGGCAAAUGAGAGCACACAUGGGCAGAGUGGACAGGCAACGCCUCCUCAUUCUGACAAUAGUCUCCAGACACUGUCGACGAGCGUACGCUCCGACACAGUUCCAGCGUCCUUGGCGACGGACGCUUCGUCAGCGGCAACAUGCUCGCUGCCGAACGGUCAUCUGGCUAUCAGAGGUGUUGAAACCAGAUACCUCGGGCCUACUCAUUGGGCUGCGAUCCUAGAAAAUAUUAAAGAUAUUCAGGAAUGUCUUGCGCCGGAACCAGAAGAGGCAGAGGACGGGGACUUCUCGACAUACAGGAACGACCCUGACAUUGUCCUGUCCGAUUUACAGCCUCUGACCGUGGCUGAAGUUUGCACUUCUCUGCCUCCCCGAGCCGUGGUGGACAAGUUACUUUCAGAGCAGUUUCAUGCGCGAUUUCUACAUAUCCCAUUUAUACACAGGCAAAAGUUUUUGCGAGAGUACGAAUCAUUCUGGAACGAUCCCUCAUCAGCCUCUUUCCUUUGGAUUUCGAUGCUUUUCUCGCUCAUCCAUCUGGGCUCUCGGAUUGCACGACCCGAAGAGACAGACUUUUUUCAGUGCCUCAAAGGAGCUUCGGGCCUGUUCUUCACGAACGCGGGUCGAGCUUUGGUCGCUGGUCAUUACCAGAAGGCUCGUCCCUACAGCGUCGAAGCUAUGCUGCUCUAUGCCAUCAGCAGGUUCUUUCAGCGAGGGGCUUCCGAGACUGAGCCUUGGCUGUUGAUGGGCGUGGCUGCCCGUCUUGCUUUGAGAAUGGGAUACCACCGAGACCCGAGUCAUCUUGCUCACAUUUCGCCGUUCGAGGGCGAAAUGCGCCGGAGAGUCUUCUCUACGGUGCAGACCUUUGAACUACUCUUGUCCUUUCAGGCAGGACUGCCAGCCAUUAUCCACGAGGAGGACUGUGACACCGCACCGCCAGGCAAUCUGUUCGACGAAGACUUUGACGAAUAUUCUACGACAAUUCCUCCAUCGCGGCCGCCCACGGACCCGACGCCGAUGCUUUACUACUGCUACAAAGGCCAUCUAGCGCAGGCAUUCAGAAAGGUGGCGCAGCAGGCUCUGUCACCGAGAUUUCCAGCCUAUGCGGAUGUCUUGAGCUUGGACGACGAACUCCGUAAGAUUCGUGCUGGAAUCCCGCCGAGCCUUAGAUGGAGGCCGCUCGGGUCUUCCAUCACCGACGAGACUCACACAAUAGUGCACCGGCUCAACGUCGAGCUGGUCUAUCAAAAGGGCAUGAUGAUCCUUCACAGGAGGUAUCUGAGUCACGAUAGGACGAACCCUGCAUUUCAAUAUUCACGGAGUGCCUGCAUCGGCGCCAGCUUUCAGAUGCUGCAAUAUCAAGCUGAGGUUGACCGAGCCACCCGGCCCGGAGGUCUGUUGCACAACAGUCAGUGGACGUCGGCGAAUCUGGCACACCAUGAUUUCCUGUUGGCAGCUAUGAUUACUUGUCUUGACCUAUAUGAAUCUCACCGGCAGACCGGCACAGAUACCAUGCCAACACUGGACUUGGAUGCGCAAAGGAUGAGAUACGAUGCUCUGAAAGUCUCGCACGAUAUUUGGCAAUCACAAACACUAACCUCGUCAGAUGCUAGGCGAGCAUCGAAUAUUCUCGCCAUCAUGCUCCCAAAGAUCCCCAGGCCAGGACCCCAAAAGAAGGAAGAAGUGACUGGAAUUCACAGCGCAACUGCAGAUAUAGUUCAGCCACUGUCGCAGGUAAAGUUGGACUCCCCAAGGACUGUAAGCACGAACCAGAGUGGUGCAGGACACAACCCCUUGCCAUUGGAUAACCCUACGAUACCCCUGCCUGAUGAUGUGCUUGGAGUGAUCCACGAUCCUGCAUCCCGGGAGCUUCUGGACGUGUUCUUUAGCGAUUCAGACAUGAUUGACUGGGGUAUUCUCGAUCAAUACAUCCAGGAUGGGUCAACACCGAUGAGGUCGUUCGACUUUUGA